AUGAACAAAUCAAUUUUAUUACUUGUUUUGUUGGCCGUCGCUGUCACCUCAGCUGCCAUCCAAAAACAAAAGUGUACCUGUACCUACCACACCGGUGAAACCCAAGUUAUCACCGCCAAAGAUCAAGCAUCAUGUAAAUCAAAAUGUGAAAUUUUAGCCUCAAUUCAAACCCCAACCUGUGAUAUCUCCACCUGUCUCUGUCAAUGUCCAAAGGCCAACAGAAAAUGUACCAACGGUGGUAGUGCUGCUGCUACUCACUCCUCCUCUGCUGGUGGUCAUGCCGCUUCUGCUGGUGGUAGCUCUGCUGGUGGUUCCGCUGGUUCCGCUGGUUCCUCAUCAUCAUCUGGUUCGGGUUCAGGUUGCUCUGGUUCCGGCUCAUGUACCGGUUCAGGAUCUGGAAGUGGUAGCGGUAGUGGUUCAGGAUCUGGUAGUGGUAGCGGUAGUGGUUCAGGAUCAGGAUCAGGAAUGGCCGAGAACUUCAAGCCAUCUGAAGCAUGCAAUGGUUUCUCUUAA